CUUAGUUUCUAACAUAUAGCAUCCUAGAUAAUCUUAGUUUCUAAUAUAAUGGAACUUAAUUUUAAGAGCCAAAUUGGUUUUGUUUCUGUCAUAAUAUUGCUCUUACCUAUCCUGUGUAACUCUCAAGACUCUUCUUAUAUUUGCUCUAGAGCAACCUAUUAUGGUAGCCCAGAUUGCUAUGGAAAUCCAAGGGGAGCUUGUGGCUAUGGUGAUUAUGGACAAACAGUAAAUGAUGGCAAUGUUGCAGGAGUGUCUUGGUUAUGGAAGAAUGGAUCUGGUUGUGGUGCAUGCUACCAAGUGAGGUGCAAAAUAGCAGGAUUGUGUGAUGAGAAUGGAGCAUAUGUGGUGGUGACUGAUUAUGGUGUGGGAGAUAGGACAGACUUCAUCAUGAGUCCACGUGGCUAUUCAAGAUUGGGCAGAAAUGCUGAUGCAUCUGCAGAACUUUUUAAAUAUGGUGUGGUGGAUAUAGAAUAUAAAAGAGUCCCUUGCAAAUAUAAUGGUUAUAAUGUGUUGGUAAAGGUCCAUGAACGUAGUAAAAACCCUCACUACUUGGCCAUUCUCAUUCUCUAUGUUGGUGGAACAAAUGAUGUAACUGAUGUUCAAUUGUGGCAGGAGGAUUGUCAAGAGUGGAGGCCAAUGCGUAGGGUGUUUGGGGCGGUGUUUGAUGCUGAGAACCCUCCAAGAGGUGAGAUCAAGUUGAGGCUCCAAGUGAGUGGUAGUGCUGGCCUUUAUUGGGUGCAGUCCAAGAAUGUUAUUUCUAGCGAUUGGGAAGCUGGUGCUGUUUACGACUCACAAAUUCAGUUUGAUUAAAAAAAAGCACUUAUAAAUAGGUAUCAUAUGACUAGUAUUUUAUUGUGUUAUUCUAAAAAAUAAUGUUCAUGUGUACUAGUGGGUGGGUGGAGUGCUCUUUGUACUUGUACUAAAACUAUGGGAUUUAUGUGCUUUUCAUAUGACUUGUCGAUUGAUUAAUAAACAAGGUGUUUUUUU